UAUAAUUGUAAUUGUAUUAACGACCAUCUUGUGUAUUAUGUAUUAUAUUGAUGAUAUAAAUAAUAAAUAAAAUUUUAUUUGUAUACAAAUUUAUAUUUGUCGUUGAUUGAUUUAUUGAGAGUUUGCUCUGGUGAGAAUGGAGUUGGAGGAGGUUAUUGAGGACCAGGACGAGCAGGAUGAUGAAAUUUUAAAUGAAGAUGAUGAUGACUCCCAGAUGCCGUUAGAUAAUACAUUUGAUAUGACAUUAGCUACAUCUCACUCAUACUUAGGUGACAACUUACAAGUAUUACGUGGUAGAACACUGCUAGACAACGGGAUCUAUGUAAAUUUACCUCUUUGGCCUCCAGAAUCGACGUGGCUAAAAUGGCUGGUUCUUUUCCCCGGUGGUACUUUACCUAUCGUUGAACGUAAUCCGCGACCUAUUGAUAUGUUACGUCAAUGUAUUGCCAAGGAUCGUACUUUUGGAGUUGCCUGCAUAAGAAAUGUAAAUAGUAUUGGAACAACUGCUGAGAUUUACGAGUAUACUGAAGAGUCUCGUAUGCAGGGACUGGAAGAAGUACGUGUUAAAGCUAAAGGCAGACAGCGUUUUAAAAUAAUACGUAUGAAAAAUAUAACGGGAAGAACUCCUGUUGCUGACGUCAAAAUUCUUCCGGAAAUAGAACUGGGACCACCUAAUUAUCAAUGCAGGAUUGCGUCUUUAAAUCGUUUACGCGGAGGAUCUAAUAUUAAAAGGCUCAAUAAAGUUUCGAGGAUUGAUUCUGCUAUAACUCCAUGGCCUUCUUGGGUUUAUAAUCUUUAUGAUCCUAAAAAAUUAUCAUCGAGAAUUCAUAAUUACUUAAAAUUUUUAGAGUCCAAGGGAGGAAACAUUCCAAGUGAUCCAACAGACUUAUCAUUUUGGGUAGCGCAGAAUCUAGUAAUAACACCCAAGACUGCUCUCUCUCUUUUGGAAAUAGAUAGUGUGAUACUUAGAUUGCAAAGAGAAGAAAAAUUACUCCGUAAGUUGGCUAACAAUGUCUUUGUUUGUAAGAGAUGUGGUGCCAAAGUUGCCAAGCAAACUGACGUCUUCCAAAUGAACGAGGAAGGAGUCCAAAGUGCUUAUUGUAAUCCUGCUGGAGCGAUACAUGAAACAAUAACUCUUCAUAAAGCUCAGUCGUUGGUACUUGAUAACACACCACCUUCUUCCGAAUACAGCUGGUUUCCUGGGUAUCAAUGGACAAUAGCUCAUUGUGGUGGAUGUCGAUCUCAUAUGGGUUGGAGAUUCACAGCAGCACAACGUGACUUAAAACCACAGUCCUUUUGGGGCUUAACACGUACAUCUUUAGUCUGGGGUGAAAGAGAGAGUCAUUAUUGCGAUGAAUGGGAUUCAGAUGAUGAAAAUAACGAGAGUACUGAUCAAUCUGAUACUGAGUUCUUACCUCCGUAUUCAAAUAUUUAUUAAUCAUGUUUAUAAAAAUGUAUUAAAUAUUAAUGAUCUUUUCAAUAAACUCUUUUGGAUAAUAUGAGUAAAAAAUGAACUUGCUAUUAAUUUAAUAAAAGAAAAGGAUAAAAAAAAAUUAA